CGCAAAUAGAGCGCACAUGCUCUGUAAAUUAGGAACACAAAUAAGAGAAUUUUUUUUUUUUUUUAUAUAAAUCAGAAAAUAUCGAAUCUAAUUCUUCAUGCUCUCUGUUUCCUCAUCUGGCCGCUGGAGAGGGAGGAGCUGUUGCUGCAAACGGAGGAGUUGGACUUGGAGUAACCCACAAUGAACACAUAGCAUACCGCCAAGAGAGAGGGGGAUAAAGAAAGAAAGCGAAACCUCAACUGAAAGAAAGAGGGGCCUUCCCACCAACCGCUACACUCACACCUCCUCCUCCUCCUUCCUCCUUAAUACCAAGAAUUAUUACCCACACCGACAGAAGGUGAGAGCGAGCUUGUUAACAAAGGAAAACAACAACAACAACAACAACAACAACAACAACAACACCGCCACUCUUGAUCGCGGAGUGCUCCAUUUUCUUUGGAUCGCCCUAGAUUUAGAAUAAAUCUAGAAAUGCUGGUCCAAGAUCGGGCCGCUCCCAAGCCCUCGUCGCCUGCAUCUCCAGCUUCUCCUCGGCAUCACCAGCGCUUCGCGAAGAACCUGGAUUUCUCCACCUGGGCCUCGGAGAACUUCUACAAGAUCCUGGCUGUCCUGGUCCUCGCAGCCACCGUCGCCGCCCUCUUCUUCCUCCGCAGCGCCGGCGACACCGCUGCGCUGCUCUGCCUCGACAAGACCCUCUCCGCUUCGCGAACCGCCGGCAGCCGCGCCCCCUACCCCCGGAUCGACUGGGCCGCCGUCCCGCCCGUCCGGCCCCUCGGCGGUUCCGAUCGCUACGCCUCCUUCCGCUCCGAGCGCUGGAUCGUCGUUGCCGCCUCGUCGUCCCGGCCGACCGGCGCCCUCCGCGCCCUCGCCCGCACCAAGGGCUGGCAGCUCCUCGCCGUCGGCGACUCCCGCACCCCCGCCGGCUGGUCCCUCAAGGGCGCCAUCUUCCUCUCCCUCGACCGGCAGGCCCUGCUCGGCUUCCGAUCCCUCGACUUCCUGCCCUACUCCUCCCCCCUCGCUCGCAAGACCGCCGGCUACCUCUUCGCCAUCCAGCACGGCGCCAAGAUCAUAUUCGACGCCGACGCCCGCGCCGAGGUCCUGAGCGACGACCUCGGUAAGCACUUCGACGUCGACCUCGUCGGCGAGGCCACCGCCGCCAGGCACCCCGUUCUGCUCCAGUACAGCCACGCCAAUCCCAACCGCACCGUCGUCAACCCGUACAUCCACUUCGGCCAGCGCUCCGUGUGGCCCCGCGGCCUGCCGCUUGAGAACGUCGGCGAGGUUGCCCACGAGGAGUUCUACACCGAGGUGUUCAGCGGCCGGCAGUUCAUCCAGCAGGGCCUGUCCAACGGCCUGCCCGAUAUCGACUCCGUAUUCUACUUCACCCGAAAGUCCUCUGGGCUGGAGGGCUUCGACAUCCGGUUCGAUGAGGAUGCGCCCAAGGUUGCCCUGCCCCAGGGCCUCAUGGUUCCCGUGAAUUCGUUCAAUACGAUCUUCCACACGCAGGCCUUCUGGGGCCUCAUGCUCCCUGUCUCCGUCAGCUCCAUGGCGUCCGACGUGAUCAGAGGCUACUGGGCGCAGAGGAUCCUGUGGGAGAUCGGCGGCUUCGUUGCUGUUUAUCCUCCAACAAUCCACCGAAUGGAUAAGACGGAGUCCUACCCCUUCGCAGAGGAGAAGGACCUCCAUGUCAAUGUCGGCCGUCUUAUCAAGUUCCUCAUCUCGUGGAGAUCCAACAAGCAGACGCUGUUUGAGCGGAUACUUCAUCUAAGCUAUGCGAUGGCGGAGGAGGGCUUCUGGGGGGAGCAGGAUGUGAAGUUCACGGCGGCUUGGCUGCAGGACCUGCUCUCGGUUGGAUAUCGGCAGCCGAGGCUGAUGUCGUUGGAGAUUGAUCGGCCGAGGGCGACCAUCGGGCACGGAGAUCGGAGGGAGUUUGUCCCCAAGAAGUUGCCCUCGGUCCAUCUUGGCGUGGAGGAGACUGGAACGGUGAACUAUGAGAUUGGGAAUCUGAUUAGGUGGAGGAAGCACUUCGGAAACGUCGUGCUGAUCAUGCAUUGCAGUGGGCCUGUGGAUCGGACUGCGCUUGAGUGGAGGUUGCUCUACGGCCGGAUCUUCAAGACGGUGGUCAUUAUGGCAGAACAGAGCAAUUCAGAUCUUGCUGUGGAAUAUGGCCACUUAGCACAAGCAUACAAGUUCCUGCCCAAGGUGUUUGAUCAAUUCACUGGCGCAGAAGGAUUCUUGUUCCUUCAAGAUGAUAUAAUCAUAAACUAUUGGAAUCUUCUACAAGCUGACAAGAAUAAGCUGUGGAUAACCAAGAAGGUCACGCAAUCUUGGAUUACUGUUCCACUAAAUGGCAGUGACAGAUCUGAUUGGUUUGCAAAGCAAGGGGACCUCGUAAAGAAAGUCGUGGGCAACUUCCCCGUACACUUCCAGGUCAGUUACAAAGAAACCAUGGGCGAAGAUAAGCUCAUAUAUUGCAGCAGCGAACUUUUCUACAUUCCUCGAAGAUUCGUUGGUGACUUCUCUGACCUUGUCGGUCUAGUUGGGGAUGUCGACAUUCAUCACAAGAUUGCAGUUCCAAUGUUUUUUCUGGCAAUGGAUUCGGAUCAAAAUAUCGACUCUGAUGCUUUGGCAAAGGCAGUUUAUAGGACAAAUUUGCUGGCUAAUGAGUCUUUCUCAGCUAUUUAUACAGCUCAAGCGCCCGCAGUGUAUCCCGUAAAGGUGCAGAAUGAGUUGGAUUUCAUAAAGCUAAUUAGAGUCAUGGCUUCUGGAGACCCCCUUCUGAUGGAAUUGGUAUGAGUUACAGGUGGGAUUGUAGUUAUAUGCUCCUGUGAGUAGUGUAGUAAUUACUUUGCCGCAGGGUGAAAAUGUUUGCUCUGUAACCCUUUUUUUUUUUUUUUUUUUUUUUUUUUUUUUUGUCUCGUGUUAUUUUUUGAUCUGUUGUUGAUCUUUGUUGUAAUAUUCAUACCAUGAAUUACAUCUCCACUUAAAUAGUUCACAGUUAAAAGCAAAGGAGAGCAAUCAGAUAAUUUUAUUCAGCCGUGUGAUUUCCAAGAUUGUUAAUGCAAAGUAUGCAUGUGUUGUAUUCACAGAUACAGAGCAUGCAUCAAGUUUGAAGAUUUAA